AUAAUAGAAAAAGGAAAGGUAAAGAAAACAAACAGACAAACAAUUUCUGAAACUGUUUUAACAAAAUCUCCAUUUUAGUCUUAUUUUUUCCUUUUUCUUUUCUUUAAACAUUUAUUUUUCUGCAAACCCUUUUCUUUAAUCUUCAAAAAUUCUCCAUCUUUUAUUAUUUUUUUCUUAUUUUUUUGUAAUUAUUCUUGGACUUGAUUUGAGUGAAAAAGCUUCCACAUUUAUGAAAUGUGAAAAGAAUUCUUGAAUUGUUUUUGUCAAUAAAAAAGAUUCAAUCUUUUUUAUGUUUUGUUGCCACUCAAAGAAAUUUUGGAUUUUGAGUGUUGCAAAUUUGCAAUAGUAAGAUAUCUUUAAAUUUUGUGUUAUAUAUAAGAUUAUAAGAUCAAAAUUUUUUAAAAAGAAUCAUGGAUCAUAUAAUUGGGGCCAAAUUCAAAAUGGGUCGAAAGAUCGGUGGUGGAUCCUUUGGAGAAUUAUUCCUUGGGGUUAAUAUUCAAAAUGGAGAAGAAGUUGCUGUAAAGCUGGAACCUGCAAGGACCAAGCACCCUCAGCUUCACUAUGAAUCAAAAAUUUACAUGCUUCUUCAAGGAGGAACGGGAAUUCCUCAACUCAAGUGGUUUGGAGUCGAGGGUGAUUACAAUAUCAUGGUUAUUGACCUUCUAGGCCCAAGUCUUGAAGAUUUGUUUAACUAUUGCAACCGGAAGUUUUCUUUGAAAUCAGUGUUGAUGCUUGCAGACCAAUUGAUUAACAGAGUUGAGUAUAUGCAUUCAAGGGGCUUUCUUCAUCGUGAUAUAAAGCCUGACAAUUUUCUAAUGGGUUUAGGACGCAAAGCCAAUCAGGUUUACAUCAUCGACUAUGGGCUUGCAAAAAAGUAUAGGGAUCUUCAAACUCAUAAGCAUAUACCAUACCGGGAAAAUAAGAAUUUGACAGGCACAGCUCGAUAUGCUAGUGUGAACACUCACCUUGGAGUAGAACAAAGCAGAAGAGAUGACUUGGAAUCCCUUGGUUAUGUACUCAUGUAUUUCCUAAGGGGAAGUCUUCCUUGGCAGGGCCUUAAAGCAGGGACAAAAAAGCAGAAAUAUGAUAAGAUCAGCGAAAAGAAGAUGUUAACUCCUGUCGAGGUUCUUUGCAAAUCAUUUCCUUCGGAGUUCAUAUCAUAUUUUCAUUAUUGUCGAUCGCUGCGUUUUGAAGACAAGCCAGAUUAUUCGUAUUUGAAAAGACUUUUCCGUGACUUAUUUGUUCGAGAAGGUUAUCAGUUCGACUAUGUCUUUGACUGGACAAUAUUAAAGUAUCCUCAGAUUGGUUCCAGUUCCAGACAACGGCAGUCUAGCGGGAAAGCUGGUUUAAAACCUCGGCAAUCUUUUGAGCAAAUAGAUAAGGCUCCAGUAGGACAGGAGACUCGUGAUAGAUCUUCAGGUGCAUUAGAAGCAUUCAGCAGAAGACUUGCUUCUGGUGCUUCUGGCACUUCUGGCACUUCUGGCGGACAGCCUGGUGAUCGUGUAAAGCCCCGGACAUCAGAGGAUGCAUCAUCGUCUAAGGAUGCACGACCUAGUUCAGAUAGAAGCCGCAUUUCCCGCAAUGGCAGCGUGUCAAAGAAGGCUGUUGCCUCAAGCAGCAGGCUAAGCUCCACCGUCGGAGGUAGUGAGAGUCGUUCAAGCUGGCUGUUCUCAAACAGCAGUCGUCUGUCCACCACCCACAGAAUCCAUUCUGGACCUAAUUCGAAAGUGUCCCAUGGAGCCGCUGCAAGAGACUCUCGAGAUGAUCAAUUACGGAGUUUCGAGAACCUCAACAUUGGCACCGAUAAAAACAGGAGAUGAACAUCAAUGCUUUGCGUUUGGUAUAAAAUUGUGCAGCUUUAUGCAGGAUAGUGCGUGUUCCAUUCUGUUUCACAUAAGCACUGGUUAUAUUGUCUUCCGCCAAAUCACAAUGCAGUUUCCGUAAGUGCAAGAUCCGUUGCGGUUGCGGUUGCUGAUCUCGUGUAGUCUUGUAAACUCGUCGGGAGAAAGGCGCUAAUUUCCCCGGAAACUGUUGAAUAUUGAGGUAUAGUAUUACAGCAUAAAGUUGAAAUUAUGGGUAAAUACUCAUGAACUUGUAGCAUUACUAUUACAACUUUCAGAUUUAAAACAGUUUAAAUACUGCAAAACUCAUGGUCUAUUUUAGUCCAUUGUAAUACCAUUGUAUGACUAGGGUUUAUACUCAUUUCAUAUUUUUUACCCUAUUGUCAAAUAAAGAAGAUACUUCUCAUGUAUUA